AUGUACCAGAACUUAUAUUAGAACUUCAUGCCAACUCCCUAAGGACAAUACUACCCAUAAUACUAUCCUUAGUACUAUUAUCCUGCUUAAAAUCCAUAUUUUUAACAAUAUCAAAUAAUGUAGGCUGGGCCAACUCUUGCCAUUAAGACGAAAGGAGAUCCAAUAAAACAAGAGGAGAAAACCCUUGAAACUCUGCCUAAAAAGUCUGUUCCUUUCAUUGAUUUCGAGAAAACUUCAGAACAAAUUUAAACACCUUCAGUUUAAAUCUAAUCAGACGAAAAAGGGAGCAAUUUAAAACCUAAUUUAUUGGUGGACUCAACGAAUAUUCAGAAAAAUUUUUCAAAAGCCAUCGUCUAAUAUGCUUUGAGACAAAAAAAAACUGUUUUUCAAAUUCUGGGAGAAGAAAAAGGAAAUCAAUUUCUUUUGUUCAUGAGUGAACUUGUAAAUCAACUCAGAAAUCUCUUUCAUCUGGUGAAAUACACUUAGGAUGAAGAAUAUCUUAAAGUCAUAAGGAUUUUAGGUAAUAACUUUUUAAGGAAAGAAAGUACGUGUUACAUUUAUAAUUCAAAAAUAAGAUAAAAAACAAGUCACAUCAAGCACAAAGCCAUAGUGAAGAAAGUCCUAUUAAAACUUUGA